UAUUUAUCUAAAUAUAUUUAAUAUAUUCGAAAUACCUCUUAUAACGUAUACAUAUAAUUAUUAUCAUUUACUUAAAUUUCAAAAUUUCUCAAGAUACGCAAUUUUCACAAUACGAUAGUACAUCUCUGUUAAGUAUUCUAAUCACUUAUUAUAUUUCCAUCGGUAUAGCGAAACAAUCACGAAGAAAAAAAAGCAAUCAUUUAUGCAAUUGCACAAUCGACCCAAUGGUGCGAGUACCUAUUUCCGUUCAUCGCGGUCGGCUCCUCGCGCACGAAACGUUCAACGUUGCAGGCUCCUUUGAUCGUUCAUCCGGAUGCAGUGGUCUCGUUGGAAGCACACGUUCGCCCGGGCGCACGCGCGUACCUUGGAGACAUCGCAGGUGCAGUUACCUGCUGGUCGAGUUCUUUCUUCGUCCCUCCUACAGCAGCCAAUUAUGCAAGUUUCACUUAUCCGAAGUUGCCAGGUAGCUCGUUAUCGUGGGACCACGAGUGGGUUAAGGACAUCGGGACCUGCUUUCAAUACAUGCCUCGCCACGAAAGUGUACGUACUCUGUUUCCGAUAAUACACCGACUGCCUUCCUUUUCCUUCCUCCUCCCCUAUUGUGCGGUCCCUCGGCUCGGACAUUUUCUUUUGUCUCCCUUUGCACGUCUUCGUCUAUUUCAAUGCGUCGAGGAUCGAUCCUUUGUUGGGAAAGUGGCGUUGCCUGCGUGUGUUUGUAACGGUUGAUGCAAUUUUCGAAUACUCGCGGUGUAGGGUUGUAAGGAUACUACGCGUGGAAACGAGAAUUUUUGCGCGAAUUUGCUCGUAGAAUGUGGUGGAGAGUGGCGUGUUUUGUUACAAACUUGUUAAAAUAUCGGUAUAAAAUUAGAGAGUGAUUAGAUUUUAUUGUUGAUGUUAAUUUUCCAAUCUCUCAAUUUGCAUAAUUAAAUUAGAAAUUUUAGAAGAAAUGAGAUAUGAAUUAUUAAUAGGCAAUUUUUUUUCUUUGCAUAACAGUAAAAUAUUUAAUAACAAAUCAUUUUAAGUUUAAUAACUGUAUAUAUAAUAUAUCGAAUGUUCACUCUGAUUGAUAAGAUAAAAAUUAAUGAUUCAGAACUAAUGUUCACUGUAAUUAGAAAUUAAACUGUCCAUAUAAGUUUUUUAUUUCCUAUCAUUUUUGCAGAAAGAAUUUCAGAGUUAAAUGAAUAUUUUCACGUAUUCAGAAGUAUUAAUAUCAUACCAGUUCAAAACAUGAUUUAUAUUUCAUGCAUCAUUUUCCCAUUUUAUAGAUACUUUCCUAUCUUUGUAUUUUUGAUAAUAUCAAACUGAUGAAUAUAAUAUUAAUAUAAUUACAACUGAAAUUUGUAUAUAAUGACUUUUAUACUUUCAAGCUCGAUUUUUCAAAGAUGUCUCACGAAUGUAUUAACAACUUGUAUAUUUUUUAACAUACUCAUCACACAUUCUAUAUGUUCAAAUAAUUAUUUAACAUCAUCUGCCGCGAAAAAUAAAACAAUUUCGGAAAGCCUAUUUCCACUUCUUAGAAUCGUGAGUAGACCUGACCUGCAUCGACGUGAAAUUCGUUGGACGACUACGAAUACGUUCUCAAUAGAUAUAUUUGUUCAUCGUACGAUGCAAGUGGAAAGAUGCAAGGUUACAGAUUGGUGACAACCUAAUUUAAAUUCAACUAGAACGACGCGUACGAUUAUCGAAGGUGGACCCGCUUCUAGGAAGGCGGCCCAAUAGAACGUGUCCGCUCGGCGCAGACGCACUGGCAUCUCUCCUUCUUCGCGCGACCCCUACCGAAUCAAAUCUAACUUUGCGGCGUUAGUAUGCGCGCGCACCUCUCUUGCGCCGCCGUUCCUGCUGCCUAUUGGUCUUACUGAAUCAUUCCCGCUCUCUCUGCUUACUGACAGAUACGUAAGAUCAACUAAUCCAUACACCAUAUACCUUUUCCAUCCCGGUAUCACGAUUCGCCAUUUCCUAUUCACGCGUUGAAAUCUUCCGUUCAAUUGGUUCGAUAGUUGAUCGAGGCUUCGAAUUUGAGUAUUUUUGUUAAAUGUUAAAUUUAUCCGCGAUGAUUUUAAGAUAAUUCGAUCGAUGGAAGAAUAUUUAUAUGAAUAAUGUCGUCGAAUUAUUCGAGAGUAUUUAAUAUAAUAGAUUUUAUUUAUAUAAAUGAUUAUUGAAAAUAAUAACUGUAGAGUUUUUCAACGAAAUUUUAUAAUUUCUUCUUUUUUCCAUUAACAUUACCGUGUUCUCAAUUUGUUGUGAGAACUAAUAAAACGGAGAAAUUUAACUUCUUUUCUAUAUUAUAAUUUACAUUAAACGAAAGAACAACUACUUCAAAAUUAUUACUCCAAAACUUUCUAUUUUUCAAAUUCCCAUUUCUAGAUCGAGUAAAACAAUUAUUCGAUAUUAUUUCGAGAUUGGAGAGUUUGAUUCAGUAAUGCAUCUUUGAUUAAACUCGUUUCCAUGAAUUAAAAAGAUAUCUUUUUAACUGCCAUAUUCUUAAAUUUAUUAAAUAAAACAAGGGGUGAUUCUGGAAAACGAAGUUCAACCUACGCGCGCGAAAGAGGAAGGAAGAUUCUCCACCGCUUGUAUCCUCUUUCGAUCGAGAGGGGAUGAAAUAGCGGUUACCCCACCAGCACGCCACUUCACCGUGGGCUAAUGUUAGCCGCGUGUGAGCCCGGUAGGCGUGGCCUCCAGGUAGCAAAGAGACGCGCAGGUGAGAAGAGAGAAACCCGAGCAGGUAAGCAGCCGAGCAGACUGCGACGCGCGCUCCACGCGAGACCGUGCGUGUACCCUCCUCGGCCAGACAGGGGUCAGUCAGGGUCCUGCUCUUAGCCAGGACGCUCCAAGAGCAUCCUCCUCAAGAUCGGCCAAGGGACAGAUCAUUGUAUCUCCUCCAUUCCGUUUCACUUGUUUAUCCAAUAAUAUAUUUAAAGAAGAACAUUUAUCGAUUAUAACUAUCGUAAAAGGAGAAUAGUCUUUAGUGGAAAAAAAUCAAAAACUCGUUUAUAUUUGGAAGAAAAUAUAGUGUUGAUUAAUAGUCCGUUAUCCGUGGUUCGGAAAAAGUGUUCUUCAUCUCGAUUCGAACUGAACCGCGUGAACCGGAAACCAGGCCGCGACCUUGGCGAACCACGUGGAGGAUCGCCAGGGAAGAGUCGAUCUAGUGAAUGGGAGGAACUGUACGUGUAUUGGAACUGUCUGUGGAUUUGAUAUCGAUCGAUUAUAUCUAUCGAUUGUGAGGAUAUCGUUUGUGCUCGGAUAUCCAGGGAUCUAGUGCCGUAUAGAGAAAGGACUCGAUGAACGAUCGGCGGACUUAGAGGACUAAUCGAUCGGCCAACUGAAAAGCAAUGUGCGAAGCGGUACCGCGAACUUGGUACAUGAAACCGGAACUUCACUACAGCGCCAUUGGAGUUCCGGCGGCCGCUUUAUCACCCCCGGCCACGCUUUCACCACCGAGCAGCCCGAGUGUCACUUCGCCUUGGAGUCCUGGCGCGGCCGGAAGCAGCCUGAGCGCCGCGACGUCCUCCAAUCCCUCCUCGGUUUCCUCCACGAGCCUCGUUCAACCGACAACGGACCGUUUCAGCGCUUUCACCCUCGUCUCGGCCUGUAAUCCCGAAGCCAGACUUCAGAAUCUACCGCUGACCACCACCACGGCCGCCGCUCGAGAGAUGCGUUGUGGCCUGAUGUAUGGGGGUUACGGCUCGACAGGGACCGCAUGGUGGGCUCGACACGUGAGUCUGUUGCUGCCUCAUUCCCUGGUGCCACCCUCGAGGGUCAGCAACCAGCAAACCACACCAGUUGCAAAUUGCUCGCCCAUCCAUCCAGAACCCUUGAACACCUCCAGAACUGGCUCGCCACGAAGAUGCACUCCGGAAAAAGCGAAAUUCGAAGAAGAAGCUCCACUGAAUCUGAGCAUCAAAGCGAACGAUGUAUCGUCCACCAUGGGACGAAAGAGCGAAAUUUGGUCGCCAGGAACGGUAUGCGAGAGAGAAGCGAAGGAAACUAGGGUACCGUCAUCUAGGAGUCCAUCCUCCACGCCUGUAAUCACUCGGCCAAUCCAUCAUUCACCGCUGACGCCGCCUUCCUCUUCGGAAAGGACUUUCCAGUGUAAACAGUGCGGAAAAGCCUUCAAGCGUUCGAGCACUCUCAGCACUCACCUUUUAAUACACUCUGACACCAGACCAUAUCCCUGUCAAUAUUGCGGCAAGAGGUUUCAUCAGAAGUCAGAUAUGAAGAAACACACUUAUAUUCAUACCGGCGAGAAACCGCACAAAUGCGUGGUCUGCGGCAAGGCGUUCUCCCAGAGCAGCAAUCUGAUCACGCACAUGCGCAAGCACACAGGCUACAAACCGUUCCAAUGCGGCCUCUGCGACAAGGCGUUCCAGAGGAAGGUCGAUCUUCGACGGCACAGAGAGGGACAGCAUCCGGCAGCACCCGCCCUUGACUAUCGCUCCCUCCAAUUACCCUCGCAGCCCGCCAACGUCAGACACUCUCCACCCCUGCAGCCUGCCUCCGCUUAUCACAUGAUACCUGUCCCCGGCAACAGUUGAGAUUCUUUGUCGAGUUGAUCGCAUUCACUCAAACGGAAUCUCCCUUGAAUCUCCAUCCGUCACAGUUUGCUUCUUCUCGCUCUUUGUCUCCGUGUACCAUUGGGAGGAAGUGUAAAGUAGAAAGUGGUGAAUUGUUGGGAAAUGGUCGAGAUGAGUUCGAAAUCGGUUUCUAGAACGGAAGACGAGGAAUGAAUAUGCGAAUGUGGGUCUGAAAUUGAGGAUGAUGGGUCGAUGAUGAUACACUUGUUUGUUAACAGUUCAAUGAAGAUUGGAUACAAAAGAAGGUAGUAUUUAUUGGAUACGUUUUAAUGAAUUAUUAAAUAUCCGAGUUAUAUUUAAUUUUAAAAGAUUACAUUGUGAAAAUUAAUCUUAUAGGGAUAUAUAUAUAUAUAUUUGUUUAAGGAUAAUGAUACGUACUUUUGAUCAAAAUUGAUCGAUGAAAAAGAAAAAGCAUUAAAUAACAAAAACAAAAGAGUUUAUUAUAAGAAAAAAUAAAAGUCUACACAUAGAUAAAAUUGAUUGUAAAGGUGUAAUUUACGAUAUGAUUUAAUUCGAAAGUAGACCCAUCAUAAUCGAAGAGUCGCAUUCCAAAUAAAAAAAAUGAUCCUUUCAAUCCAAAAAAAUUUUCUACGUGAAAAAAGAUUUUAAAUGAGUUUCGUGUUAGGUAUAAGCACACACCUGUUCGAAGUGCCUGGCUCUGCUAAUAACCGGUACUUAUGUACCUCCGAGCUGUUCAACAAUGAAAAAACGCCUUAAGGGAGGCACGCUUUUGCAUAUAUCUCGAGUCUAAUUCAGUCGUCGCCGAGUGAAGAUCAAUCAUUUUUUCGAGGUAGGAAAUAUUCAGCCGUCCAUUAUUGCUGUACUUUUACGGUAUGUGUACCUACAUAUAUAUAUAUAUAUACAUAUAUAUAUAUGUAAAUAUACAUCUUAUAUACUAUAUAUAAAUAUAUAUCGAAAAGAAAAAUAUAUAUAUAUAUAUAUAUAUACACGUAUUAAGUAGGUGCAGAUACGUAUGUAUACAUAUGUACACACGUGUAUUGUGGCGUGGAAAUAUGCAUAAUUGAAAAAUUGAAAAUUAAUGUCGACAUAAUUCAAUGUAAUUCAAUAGAAUUAAUUUUACUUACAAGAUGUCUUCUACGUAGAAGAAAAAUAUGGAAGAAAGGAAGCACCAUACACGUAUAUUAUUAUACACGUGUGCGUAUACAUGUGUACGCAUGUUCUCGCACGUAUAAAUCCGUAUUAUACUACAUUAUAUCCGAGCCAGCGUUACCAGUUACACAUGCAGGGUUUUGAAAUACUUAGAUAUACAUUUACAUUUAUAAUAGAAGCGAUUUAAUCAUUUAAUCACUUGAGUGACAAACAAUUCCUUUAAAAUUCUAUAUUUUGUAAUAUAAUCAUUUAACACGUUGAACGUCAAAGUGAUCCUUGGUACCGUAAAUUUGGAUCUAAGAAAAAUUUCGAAUUUUAAUUUAUUCGAUAUUAAUUAUGAUGAUCAGUAGAAAAUGUAAUUAUAAUGGCGUCGUGACGUAUUAAGAUAAAAAUUAUUCUUUUAUCGAUACGAUAUUAAAAAAAUUGAACGAAACUUCCUAAAAAAUAUUUUUAGAAUAAAUUCGUCAUUGAAUUCGUCAAACAAAGGAUAAUUGUCACUCUGGAGAUUGGAAAACAAAAAGUGUGUUUUUUAAAUGUCGAUUCAAUAUCGCUGUAUAUAAUGAACAUACAGCGAUCGUGCCGCAAUAAUCAUCGAUCAUAUUUUUUCAUAUUUUUAUCGUUUCUACCUCCUGCAAUCAGAAUCACAAGUGAGAAAAAAUUUAUUUCAAAGGAAAGGUGUUUUGUUACGAUUACAAAAGUCGAUUUGUUUGAAUUUUUAUUCGUUAUUAAAUGAUGAUAUUCAUAUUGUCGUAUUUUAGGUUAGAAAUUUUGGAUCGCAAAUAAUGUGAAGGUAAUAUGAGUAUGAUGUUAAAAUUUCUGUCUUUAUCAUUAAAAAUAAUUUCAUUUUUCUUAAUAAUGGCAAUUUAAUUGCAUUUCAUUUGUCUAUAUUGAAGUAGGUAUAUGUAUAUCAACAAAAAUAAAUAUUUUAUCGAGUGGCGCGAAUAUUUGAAUAUUUUAUCUUUUAUUAGAAAUUUAUAAAUAAUCUGUCUAAAAAGUUUGAAUUAUUUUAGUUUUAUCUUUAAAUAUCGAUAUUAUUCUAAGUUUUUAUGUAGACAAUUACUUAUAAGUAGAAAAAUGAUUAUUUUUGUUUAUUCUUUUGCAAAACAGAUUCGAUGUCUAAAUUCUCUUUGCAAUUAGUAUUUUUAAUUAAAACUCUAUUGUAAGUUCAAAAAUAAUUUUAAAAGUGAACGAAUAUAUGUAUAUACAUUGAACAUUUCCAAAAUAUUUUUUCAUUUAAUUUUAAUUCAUUCUUCAAUCAUUGCGAAAUGAAUGUACAUUUUUUUGAGACCAAAGAAGAAAUUUUCAUUUAUUCUUGUGCAAUUUUAAUUCGAUCGAACGUUUUAUUUUCUUCAUUUACUGAACAACAUCGAUUAGAUUAAUCGAUAACGCAUAAAUCAAACUUAAUAACGUUUUCCGUUUGCGAUUGAAAUUUCUAAAAUUUUUAACCUGAAAAAUUAAUUUGAACACCACGAUAAUUGAAAUGAUACAAAUAAAUACCUUUAAUUUCUUUAUAUUAAACAUUUUCAAAUUGACCAAUUUCUCGAGCUUAAAACCACUUUUUAAAAAUCAUUCAACGUUCUUCGAUACGUUCUAUCAAUCGCUAAUCACUAAUUAUAUAAGGAGAGGGGGAAAAUGUCGCGUUACAAUUGUAAAUAAUUUAUCGAAAAUCCUCGAAUUAAAAAAAGAAACGAGGCAGAAAACGAGAAAAAAGAGAAGGACUAGAAAAUUUCAGUAGAAAUUCAAUGUCUGGGAAAGAAUCAUAGCGGCUAGAGGACCAAAGAUAGCAUAAGUCGGACCUAGUCGAACGGUAUUGUUCGGGUAGAAGAUAAAAAGAAUUGAAAGAAAAUUCGAAUGUUAAGCGAAAAAAUACAAAAUAUAGAACAUUAAAUAUACCCGAAAAAUUAACCAAAGACUUUGGUCCUUGUAUCCGUGCGCACGUACGGAUUGUAUUAUAUCUACCAUUAGGAUUAAUCGAUCGUUUUAAGAGCGCGAAUUUUUGAAAUCGAAAUGUCUGUAAGCGAGUGAACUUAAUAUUAUCUCUUUAUUCCGAUCGUGGAAAUAAUUGUUAAACCGUGUGAUCGCGUUUCAGGUUAUCGAUCGACGAAGAAAUUUUAUUCGAUUAAACUUUGACCCUCGAACGAUUGUUAUUUUAUGAUUAUCUUUUGAAAAAUUAUUUUUAAAAUAAUGUUUCUUUAAUUCACAGUAAUAAUCUGAUUAUUAGAUUAAAUUUAUGAAGAAAAUUUGACGAUUGUAAAUGAUAAUUUGAGGGUUGAAUAGGAAACGAAUAAAAUUUGACAUUAGAAAAAUGACCGAUGCAUCGAUAAAUAGAUUUAAUUGUAUGCGAGAGUGUGUGACUGUCGAGUGUUGGCGAGAAAUUUUUGUGUUAAUCGGUAAAACCAAAAAAUAUGUUUAUAAUUGGUAUAUAAAAAUGGUAUAUCGAUUGAAUAAAUUUUUUUUCUUACAAACCA